AUGGCUCUGCCAUGUGGCCUAGUCAAACAGUCCCCCGGUUGGAUUGUUUCCCCGGCGGGGUUCGUCCCGGAUUCCGAGGAAAUUCGGGGCGGGUCUUGUCAUCGGAUGCUAGAUGAGGAGGUACUGCGGAGUAUUAUGAUGACUUGCAUCAUCCUUCACAACAUGAUUGUGGAGGAUGAGUAUGACUAUGAUGCUGAAGAGGUGUUUGAACCCGAUCCAAUGAACACAUCGUUGACAAGAAUAUAUGAAAGGCCGAUUGGACCAAAUGGACUACCACUGGAGCCCGAACCCAUACUUCGGGAUGGUUAA